AUGACGUACGAGGAAACGGGCGCCUUUCUCGCUCUCGGUGGCAGGCGGCUCGGUCGAGUUACUCGAGGUUUUCCAUCUGUUAUGAUUAUUUUCCGCCGUGUACCCCCUCUGCUGCCAGCCGCCCGGUGCUUUCGACAAUGAGAGUAACCAACAGAUUCCUGCUGUAUGUUUCAAUCGCGUGUGUGGUGGCGGAUGCGUUCGAGCCAAUCACAACAACGGUUGUCGUCGGACUUGGCGUGACUCUGGGGCGGAUCAUCUACAAUUAUUCUCAGGAAAGUUGUGAUUCCAAAUGGGUCGCCUUCAAUGCAACAGGUUUGAAAGUUGACCUGGAACAAAAGUUGUUUGGGCAGCACAUAGCAUCUCGCAUCGUUUUAAAAGCCCUGACCGGAUUCAUGAACAACGCCCAGCCGAAGAAGCCCCUGGUCCUCUCUCUCCACGGAUCGACUGGCACCGGGAAGAAUUUUGUCAGUCAGAUUAUUGCUGAAAACAUUUACAAGGAGGGAAUGGAUAGCAGUUUUGUCCAUGUUUUCACAUCAGAACUUCACUUCCCCCAUGCCAGUAAAAUCGAUACCUACAAGUCUCAGUUACAGCAGUGGAUCAAAGGCAACGUCACCAACUGUGGACGGUCCAUGUUCAUUUUUGAUGAGAUGGAUAAGAUGCAUCCUGGCUUGAUUGAUAGCAUAAAGCCGUACCUGGAGUACUACGACAAGGUGGAUGGAGUUUGCUAUCGGAAGGCUAUCUUCAUCUUUCUCAGCAAUGCCGGAGGGGAGAGCAUUACCCAGAUAGCUCUAGAUUUCUGGAGAGCAGGACAAGACCGACAGACGAUUGAUCUCAAAGACCUGGAGGUGCCGCUGUCUCUGUCGGUGUUCAACAAUAAGCAAAGUGGGCUAUGGCACACAAGCUUGAUAGACAAGAACCUGGUGGACUACUUUGUUCCGUUUCUGCCUCUGGAACAUAAGCACAUUGUCCAGUGUGCCCUGGCAGAGAUGGAAGCCAAGGGCAUGGUGAAAAACCACGAGGUGGCAGACCAGCUGGCCAGAGAUCUGGUCUAUUUCCCAAAGGCCGAGCGAGUGUUCUCCGUCAAAGGCUGCAAGACAAUAGAGAGCAAGUUAGACUACUAUACAUAAACUUAGCCUCUGAUGGAGGCUGCUGGCUAUCACAGACUGCGUUUAGUGUUUUGUUGUUUUUUUUGUUUUUGUUUUUAAAUCCUCGGGGCCUAAUGACAGAGGAGAGCAAAUCAAGUCAACUGAACUCUGUGGAGAUUUCUCUGUCUGACCUUGGUUUUGUCGGGGACAUCAGCAGGCCUUCUCCGAUGUCACUUCUCCCUUACACUGAAUGAACAGGCCACUGAAAGAGCACGGGGACGGUUCAAUUAAAAAGUAAUGGGGUCGGAAAGCUAUCCUUGGUGACUAAUUAGGGCUCUUGAUCCUUGCCUUUUCACGUAAUAUCACAGCGAGUCUUGAAGAUGACUUCCUUUUUUGUUUUCUAUACUGCCGCAUGAACUGAAGAAUUUUAAUUAGAAAACAAUGGUGCUCCUCUUCAGUGGAGCAAGUGGCAUAUUACUACUGUGCGUUUGUGGUGCGCCAAAUACCAAUUUGUGUGUGUGUAUGAUGUGUUUUUUAGUGUUUUCUGUUAUUCAGAUUCAUGGGUUACUAGAAAUACCUGCCUUAAUCCUUUUAGUUUUUUCAACACUUUUAAAUACACAUCACUUACAUUACCACUGUAACUGUUGUUUCCACACAUUAUAUGAGUUAGUCACUUCAAGUAACCAUAGUGGGGCUGCAUCCAUGUUACACUUGUUCAAAGAGUGAUGGAAGCGCUGAAAAAGAUGUCAUGUGGAAAGUUGUGUCUCACAUGUUUUGUCACUGUCUUUUUUUUUUCCCCCCAGCCAAGACCCUGUAUGAUAUUGCCCAUUUGCUGUCGCUACAAAAAAGUCGAAUGCCAUUUACAGUGCAUGUUGCUGUGACACUGAAUUGUAUUUCCCCAAGUCCACAGCUGCAGUUUGCAGUAGUUUUGCCUUUUGAGGUUGCUCAUAAUGUGAGUUUUAAAAAAUACCUGUGGUUUGGAAUGCGGACAUGCAGAAUCAGCAACAUUAGUUAGGUUCAGUAGGAUGGAGUGAUUACAAACUUUAUUUGUACAACACUUGUCAAAUUCAGUCGUUAGUUGUAAUUUUCUGAUCUGGCAAACUAAUGAAAUGAGAGCCAUGCAGAUUCACCACUAAUUCAUAUUUUGUGAUUGGACCUUGUAGUGGUUGAUUCUACAUGCAUUCUUAGUGAAUUCAGCUGUAAGUUGGUUGUUGACUGUGCAUGUGCUCAUGACAGUUUAGUUGCACAAAAGUCAGUUUUCAAAUUUAUGUUCACAUUGUUCCUCAUAAAAGAAGUAAUUGAUUGCUACAUGAAUUUUUUUGAAAAGAAGCCAGGUGUUCAUGAAUACAGUUGUAAAGUCUUCAAGGGGAAAAAAGUAUUUGAAAUUCAUCAUUUGCAGAUACAAAAUUGUUUGGUGUACAAAGGCUGUAAAGUAGCUAAUAAUCAUUCUGAAUUAUACAUUUAUGUGUGUUUCAGUCCAAAUUAUGUAUACUUAAUUCUGGCAGGAAACUGAUAAAGACAUCCCCCACCCCACGUUUGAAAACAACUGUAUAUACUGUGCCUUACUGUUACUGUGCAGUUACUGUUCACAAAUGAACAACAUGAUUCAGUGUGUCAUUAGCAGAGAAGAAAGUGUCCACGUACAUUCACUCCUCCCCAAACAUUUAAAUUGUGGUAAGAAAUGUUUAUGUUCUGUAACAUCAGAUUUAAAGAAAAGGUGGCUAAUAAUCGUGGUCCUUUUUGUUGUAAUUAGAAGAAACCAUUUAUAGCCAGUGUUAUCUCUUUGGUAGCAGUUUACUAGCACAUUUUUUUUUAAAUGGACUGUAAAUGAGCAUUGUUUCUGGGUGAAUGGGAUGCUAAUAAUGUGAGGGCCUUUGCUGUUUUUUGCUGUCUGUCAAGACUCAACUGAAUCACAAAUCAUGCAUAAAAAUGUAAUUUUCAUAA